GCCAGCAGCACCCUGCGCGCUCCGCGGACCCUCUCUUCCGCCUCAACGCCGGCCGCUCGCCGCCUCGCCGCCGCUCUCGGGCUCCGGCCGGGUCUCGCGCGCAGUCUUCUCGUGAGGGGCCUCGCGCCGCCCGGCGCACGCCGCCCCCCUGCCUCGGGGCGCGGGGUCUCGCGGGCCCCGCUCCCGCCCUCCGCUCGCCUGGCCCGGACCGGAAGCGGCGCCGCACGGCCUGGGCCUGGCGCGGGGGGCGGGCACCGGGGCCCGGUCCGACAUGGGCAAGAAGCACAAGAAGCACAAGUCGGACAAACACCUCUACGAGGAGUAUGUAGAGAAGCCCUUGAAGCUGGUCCUCAAAGUGGGAGGGAACGAAGUCACCGAGCUCUCCACGGGCAGCUCGGGGCACGACUCAAGCCUCUUCGAGGACAAAAACGAUCAUGACAAACACAAGGACAGAAAGCGGAAAAAGAGGAAGAAAGGAGAGAAGCAGGUUCCAGGAGAAGAAAAGGGGAGAAAACGGAGACGAGUAAAGGAGGAUAAAAAGAAGCGAGAUCGGGACCGUGUGGAGAAUGAGACAGAGAAAGAUCUCCAGUGCCAGGCCCCUGUAAGAUUAGACUUGCCUCCUGAGAAGCCUCUCACAAGCUCUUUAGCCAAACAAGAAGAAGUAGAACAGACACCCCUUCAAGAAGCUUUGAAUCAACUGAUGAGACAAUUACAGAGAAAAGACCCAAGUGCUUUCUUUUCAUUUCCUGUGACUGAUUUUAUUGCUCCCGGCUACUCCAUGAUCAUUAAGCAUCCAAUGGAUUUUAGCACCAUGAAAGAAAAGAUUAAGAACAAUGAUUACCAGUCCAUAGAAGAACUGAAGGAUAACUUCAAACUAAUGUGUACUAAUGCUAUGAUUUACAACAAACCCGAGACCAUUUAUUAUAAAGCUGCAAAGAAGCUGUUGCACUCAGGGAUGAAAAUUCUCAGCCAGGAGAGAAUUCAGAGCCUGAAGCAAAGCAUAGAAUUCAUGGCAGACUUGCAAAAAAGUCGAAAGCAGAAGGAUAGAACCGACCAGUCUCAGAGUGGGGAGGACAGCGGCUCCUGGCCAAGAGAAAGGGAAGACUCCGGAGACCCUGAAACCCGAGCCUUCAAGGGUCCCAGCAAGGAAAACAAAAAGAAAGACAAAGAUAUGCUUGAAGAUAAAUCUAAGAGCAGUAACUUAGAAAGAGAGCAGGAGCAGAUUGACCGCAUUGUUAAGGAAUCUGGAGGAAAACUAACCAGGCGGCUUGUUAACAGUCAGUGUGCAUUUGAAAGGAGAAAACCAGAUGGAACGACAACAUUGGGGCUUCUGCAUCCCGUGGAUCCCAUUGUAGGAGAACCAGGCUACUGCCCUGUGAGACUGGGAAUGACAACCGGAAGGCUUCAGUCUGGAGUGAAUACUUUGCAGGGGUUCAAGGAGGACAAAAGGAACAAAGUCACUCCGGUGUUAUACUUGAAUUACGGACCCUACAGUUCUUAUGCUCCACAUUACGACUCCACCUUUGCAAAUAUCAGCAAGGACGACUCUGAUCUAAUCUAUUCAACCUAUGGGGAAGAGUCUGAUCUUCCAAGUGAUUUCAGCAUCCAUGAGUUUUUGGCCACAUGCCAGGAUUAUCCAUACGUGAUGGCAGAUAGUUUACUGGAUGUUUUAACAAAAGGAGGCCAUUCUAGAACCCUUCAAGAGUUGGAGAUGGUAAGAAGGCUGCUAAAGAACCGGCCAUCACCUGAAGAUGAAGGCCAGACCAGGACCCUUGACACAGCAAAAGAAAUGGAGAUUACAGAAAUAGAGCCAGAGGGGCGUUUAGACUCCAGUAAUCAGGACAGGCUCACAGCGCUGAAAGCAGUAACAAAUUUUGGUGCUCCUGUUGAAGUGUUUGACUCUGAAGAAGCUGAAAUGUUCCAGAAGAAGCUUGAUGAGACCACCAGAUUGCUCCGAGAGCUCCAGGAAGCCCAGAACGAGCGUCUGAGCACCAGACCCCCUCCCAACAUGAUCUGUCUCUUGGGCCCCUCUUACAGGGAAAUGCAUCUCGCUGAACAAGUGACCAAUAAUCUGAAAGAACUCGCACAGCAAGUCGCUCCAGGUGAUAUCGUGAGCACGUAUGGGGUUCGGAAGGCGAUGGGGAUUUCCAUCCCCUCCCCCAUCGUGGAAAACAACUUCGUAGAUUUAACGGAAGAUUUUGAAGAACCUAAAAAGACUGAUGUUGCCGAGUGUGGACUGGAUGGGGUUUGAAGCUAACUGAGCUGCACUAGCGCCCCCAGCACCUCUGCGAACCGGAGAAGCCCCCUCUGAGCCUCAUAAGCCCGUGGACACGUCCCAGGCAGACGGCGGACAGUGGCUUCAGGUCCAGUCCUCCCUGCCCUUGGCUGCAACCCCGGGUAAGCCUUUGAAGUCUCCCAUGGGCCAGGUUUCCUGUACUUGCGGGGGGUUCCUGGAGGACUCCAGCUGGGAAUCCCUGCUCUGUAGUGAACUUCAGCCAUGUUAGAGCCCCAGGUGUGCUCUGGGGAUGCAGCGGUGAAACUGAUUCAGAAACAGGAACGAGCAGUUUGGCUCCUCCUCAACCUUGAAACGCAGUGAAGGCUGACUUCUGAUUCUCUUAGACUUGCAGCACCAUAAGACACCUCUUGCAAACCCGGCUUUUUGCACUUGAUUUGAUUCUCCCGUUUGGAACAAGUCUGUCUCCGCAGCUCUGAGCGGGCUGGCUUCCCAGAUCCGGGAACCUCUUCUGCACGCUUGCGGAGGACAUGCUUUUCGUCUUGAAGCUCUACGAGUGAGCUGUGAGGACUAAAGAAGAGAAAGGGAGCACUACAGGUUGUCUGCCUUCUGUCUACACAGACCCCUUUCCUUUCCAGGACAGGAAUUGAGAUGUGAGGAUAGCAGGAGGGCGCUCCAAGUACACACGGUGGUCGGGGAAGGGCUGAGAGGCCAUGCCUUUCUUUCCGGGCUGUGCCGCUCCUUGCCUUCUUGCUGUGUGACAGCCAUGUUCCUCAGCCCCAGCAGGGCUAAGCUGUCAGUGGACGUGGUUAAAAAGACAACACACUGGAGGGAAGAGAUUUUUGUCUGGCAUCUAAGAAGUCAUUAGAAAGGGUAAAACUCCACUAAUCAUAUACCCAUUUAAAUCAAACACCUGCCAGAGAGGACAAGUAACAAGCCUCUGUUGUGCUGUUCUCUCCCUACUGUGAGAAAUCAUCGAUGGAAAACCGCAUUUUCAGCUCUGUUUACCGGGGUGCCUGUGUGAGAAACGUACAGCCCUGUUGCUGCUCCACUGGGAGAAAGGCGUGCCCAACCCAUCCCGGACAGCUCGUCGUGGUUCUGUACCUAGAAAAGACCAGUCCCACCCGUGCGGCUGGCAGGCCAUGGCCAGUUGUGUGUCUGGCUCCCCCUCUGAGAUCUCCACAGUACCCAGGGGAUCCGCAUGUCCCAGCUGCCAUUGCGUGGCGAGGCUCGGUGGUAGCCUCGGGCUGGAGUCUGGUGCACGUUCCGAGAAAUCCUCUAGCACAAGUCCAAGGAGGCCACACACAGCCACCUUGUCAGG